AAAACUUUAAAUAUUUCCGUUUUUUCCCCAAAUUAAAAUCUUUCUUUAAUAAAUAAUUGUCUUUUACAUGCAUAAAAACAACACAACUCAUUUAUCGAAAGUAUAAAAAUAAGACCUGACAGUCGACUUGAAUAAUUUUUUCUAUUCUUGUUUUUAAGUUCUUCUUUUUUUGAGUGGUUUUUUUCUCAAAAAAAAAGAGUCUUUCACUAAUCAACGUUCUUGAUUAUGGCUAAUACCGUAUGUCAAAUUAAAAUAGUUAGUGUGAAUUCAACUAAUGUACAAGAGGAUAAUACAUCAAAACUUGUAUCAGCCAAUUUAAAUUGUAAAGACAACUUGUCAAAAAUUCGUGAUAAACUCGAAAAAAAUAGUGAAAUCAAAAUGAACGAUACAUUUUCAUUUGCAAAGAUAAUCAACAAUAAUAGUAGUACUAGUGGAAGUUUGUUAGCCGUAAUAGCGAGAGAAGAUGAAGAAACGAUAACUUUAGAAAAUAUUAUAAACAAAGAGAGUAAUAUUUUAUAUUUAAAAUCAGAACCCGAUUGGAGGUUUUUUAAAGACAAGCUUAAACUGGAAUAUGGACGUAGCGUAACUCUAGAAAAAGCGAAUAAUAGAGCAUUCAAGAUAGUGGAUUGCGAAAUGAAUAAAAUUGUUGAUGGAUAUGAAAAUAGUACAAUUCAAAUUGAUUCGGAAGAAAAUAAGAUUAUAAAAAAUGAUUUUCUUUUAAUUGCAGAUAUUGAUAUACCAAAUUUUACAAAAUUGGGAGUAUCGAUAAGAAAUUCAAAUAUCAAAAAUUCUAAUGUUGCAUCUAAUUUAACUUAUAAUAUUAUUGAACAGAAAAAAAUGUCUUUAAAAUUUAAAUUAGAACCAACUACUGAGUUUAUUGAAGCAGUAAAGAAUGUUAUAGAUUCUAAAGAUCCAAGAAAAUUUAAAGAUAUCAUAAAUGAUUUUGGUCAAUUUAUUCCAAAUGAAGUUAUUUUAGGUGGAAGAACUUAUUUUAUUGCAAGAGAAAAUUCUGAAGAGAAUUUUGGUAAAUAUGUUAAAAAUACAGGUUAUCAGGCUUCAAAUAUUAAAACUAAAAAAAAAUCAUCAAAAUCAUUAAGCAAAAAUAAUUCUUCAAAAUAUCAAAGUUUUAGAUUAUAUGGAGGGAAAGAAGUUUGUUCCAAUAACUUUAAUGAAACGGAUUGGGUUGAAUCCUUAAAAGAUUUUAAUAAUUGGAGUUGCAUAAAAUUUAAAGAUCCGGUUAAUAUUUUUCAACUUUUAUCUAAAGAUUUACGUAAACAAAUUUUAUUAUUAGUUGGAAAAAAAAUCCUUUAUACAAAUACUGAAGAUUACAAUUAUCACUUAUCUGAACCUGAAAAAUACUAUCAUACUUUUAAAUUGAACAUUCCAGAAAAUCUAUUAGAAAUUCUUCAAAAUAAAGAUGCUGAAUGUAGUAUCUUUGCAACAGUUAUUGAUAAAAAAGAAAAAGAUAUUUUUAACUGUCAAAUCGUUUGGCCAUCAAAUGAAGAUCCAAAACUUAUCAUUCAUUGUUUUCAAAACAAAUUUAGAAGGCGUCAAUGUAAAUUGAAAAUCAUGUGGAUGAUCGUUGGUUAUGAUAUAAAUUUUGAUUAUAAUCAUUCAGAUUUUAAUAUUAAAUUGGAAGUUCUAAAGAAUAAUUUUAAUGGAUCAAAUUGCCAAGCUAUUGCUGAAUCAUUGGAUUUGGAAUAUAAUCCAUCAAUCCUUUGUUUUGGAACUUCAAUAUUAAGUGAAUUAGAUUCUUCAAACAAUUCUCAAGCUAUUGGACACUAUUUUUUUAAUGAUAGAGGAAAUAAAAAAAUUGGGUCAUAUUUAUUUUCUUAUUGUUUAGAAAAUAAUCAUUUUGUCAACUUACCCAAUAAUUUUGAAUUCCAUACUCUCAUUAUUUUAAACUAUCUUGAUUCUGAUAAUUAUGGAAUUUUACCUUUCCAACAUAUGAGUAAGAUAAGAAAAAUGUUUAAUUUUAUUAAGCUUAAUUCAUUAAAAUCAACAACACCAAAAUUUAUUAGUUUAUAUUCUACAGAAAACAAUUUUGUUCCGAUUUUCUUAAAACAAAAAACCCGUGAAAUUAAAAUCAAAUAUAUUAAUAUUAAUUAUUGUAAUCAAGAUAAUUGUAUUUGUAAUAUUUGUGAGAACAAAAAAAAAUUCAAGAAAUUAGAAAAUAAUUUAAAAUAUGCAUUCUUUGAUCCAAAAAGGAUUUAAAAAAGUGAAUUGUAA